AAAGGCCGAGCCGGACUGAGAGAAUAUGAGUGCAAGUGGUUUGGUUGCAGAGGCAGUCUGGAAGGCCAUUGAAUCGGCUGGCUCAGUGACCCAUGAACAGCUCUCUAUGUUGCAUUUCCUGUUUGGUAAGAACUUGGAGCGAGCAACUAGGAUAAUGGAUCAAAGAGGUGUCAAGAGGAUCUUUGGUGAGCCCAGUGGACGUUCUAUAUUUCAGGUUGUAGGAGAAUCCCGGAGGAAGGAGGAAUACUUCUGUUUUGCCGAACACUAUUGUGCUUGUUAUUCAUUCUUCUAUGACAUUGUAAACAGAGGAGAGCAGCUUUGUUGCAAGCAUCAGUUAGCGGCAAGACUUUCUGCAGCAUUGGGAACAUGCACUGAUGAAAAGGUAGCUGAUGACCAGCUAGCUCUAUUGCUUUCCAAUCUAUGACAUAAGUGGACAGAACCAAAAUCUGAUAAUAGGAGUAGUUGAAGAGGUACUACAAGAGCAGGUCACAAAUGAACUUGUUCAUCUACUUGUCAUACAUGAACUGCAAGCAUGAUGUCAAAUUAUAUAUUGCGACUCUAGGAAAUACAGAUGUAGUUUAUCCUAUAUUGUUUAUAGAAAGCACUUAGCAGCCACACCUCCAAUAUUCCUCCAACAGGAAUGUACAUGUUCUUUGAUCUGAAAUAAUUAAGCAUUAUCUGAAAUAUGGUUUUGUUUUAAUGAAAGUUGUGUUACUGAAUCAUUUACUUUGUUAAUGAAAGUUAUAUUUCUGGUUUUUCUACUUUCUCCGAGUUGCCUGACUGGUCUAGGUUGGAUAAUUUUGCCUGAAUUUCAAUCCGGACAGACAGUUCAUUUCUUGAACUUGUUCAGUUCUUCUGUAUACAUUAUUUGUAUCGAUACUUGAGUUGAAACUUGUUUCACCUUGAUUCAUAUUGUUCCUGAAACACAUGGCAUCAGGUGCAUCUCUGAAAGAUGAGAUACUGCGAUAUUUUCUUUUGUUCAAGUUUUGUCAUCAUACAACUGCAUAUGGAUUUUUCUGGUUGGGCAUUUAAUUGAUAUACAACUAAAAUUUACUGUGCAUACCUGAAAACAAAAACAAGGGUCCCCUUUGG